GGCAGCCUGCAGUGUCUGUGAGGCCCCUACUUCCUGCAGAGAGCAAUGGCAUCUUGUAAAGAGUCAAAAAUCUAUUCCUCGACAUUAAAUAUAUGCUUGUCUUCUCUCAAGAUUUCUGAGACAAAAGAAACUUUGGAUAAAUCUGAUACUAGUUGUGUGGAUCAGGAGCAAGACGAUGAUGAGGAAUUGAAAGAAUUAUUACAGAGAAUGAAAGCGAAAGCCAGGGCAUCAUAUCCCGAACCAGAUUACUGUUUUCAAACAGACCCUGUCUGGGCCCCUGGUGAAGAGCGUCCUGGACCUGAACCUGACCCUGACAAAAGGGUCAACAAUGUCACUUGGUGUAAAUGCCAUAAUUGUAGCCCCAGGAACUCUGUUACAGAAUCGGUUUGUUGCUGUGAGUUGGAAGUCUUGGAGCAUCUUGUAACAGGAAAUCUCACCUGUGUAUCUGAACAUGUAGAAUUUCAAUCAAGGUGUCUAGAUCAAGAAACUCUGGUGACGUGUAUGAUAUCACAAACCAUGCCUUACAGAAGAGCUAUUGAUUAUAACAAACCAAAUUGUCUUCGACUGGCAGCUUAUCGGCAAUUUACCACCUGGAUUUAUGCAUACCUUAGAAAAUAUGUACAGAUACCGAUUCCUUCAUGUGUGAUCAGAACAAUAAGGGAGAAAUUUCCCGACCCGGAAGGGAGAUACACUGGUUUUAGAUACUAUCAGGAUGUUCCACUUUCUUCUGCAGAUUUUGAUUUUAAUUUUUAA